AUGGCAGGCAGCGAGGUCGAAGAAGUCCUCGACGCACACGGCGGGGUUGCCGGAGAGCUCCUGCAGCCGGAGCUCGAGCGGACCAUCACGGGCGCGGCGAGCGUGCCACUAUCGAUGCCCCCCAUGGAUGGAGACCAUACGGAAGCGGCCCACACAGAUCACGCACACUCCAGCGACGAUGCGCCAAACGAGGAGGUUGGACUCGAGGAUUUAGAAGAUCUUGGCACUUGGGUACCUGUUGAAAGAACAGCCAGCUUGCUAGCUAAUGGGAGAUCUCCGUGGCCAGGAUGUGGGCUUGUUGCUCUGCAGUCUCCGUGGUUCUCGUUGGCUAGCGGCGGCCAGGGCUCCAGCAGCCAGGGUGUUCGAUGA